AUGUACCGGCGAAACUUAGCAGGUCUGCUGAGCCGGCGCGGGACGGGCUACGACCGGCUGACGAGGAGUAGUCGCGGCUACUCCUCGCAGGUCGCGUCCGACGACGACCCCAACUUCUUCUCCAUGGUGGAGGGCUUCUUCGACCGCGGCGCCGCCAUCGUGGAGAACAAGCUGGUGGACGAGCUGAAGACCCGAGACAGCGUCGAGAACAAGAGGAAGUUCGUCCGCGGGAUACUCAGGAUCAUCAAGCCUUGCAAUCACGUUCUCAGUCUCAACUUUCCCAUCAAGAGGGACAACGGAGAGUGGGAGGUCAUCGAGGGAUACCGGGCUCAGCACAGCCAGCACAGGAUGCCCUGCAAGGGAGGGAUCCGCUACAGUUUGGACGUGUCUUUGGACGAGGUCAAGGCGUUGGCGUCGCUGAUGACCUACAAAUGCGCCGUAGUCGACGUCCCAUUUGGAGGCGCAAAAGCCGGCCUCAAGAUCAACCCCAAGAAAUAUUCCGACAACGAGUUGGAGAAGAUCACCAGGCGGUUCACCGUGGAGCUUGCUAAGAAAGGUUUCAUCGGACCCGGCAUCGACGUUCCCGCUCCCGACAUGAGCACGGGUGAACGCGAGAUGUCGUGGAUCGCCGACACCUUCGCCACCACCAUGGGCUACAACGACAUCAACGCUCACGCCUGCGUGACGGGCAAGCCCAUCAGCCAGGGGGGCAUCCACGGACGCAUCUCGGCCACCGGGAGAGGUGUCUUCCACGGCGUGGAGAACUUUGUCAACGAGGCCGCCUACAUGGGCAAACUGGGAAUGUGUCCCGGAUUCCACGACAAGACUUUUGUCAUUCAGGGUUUCGGCAACGUGGGUCUUCACUCCAUGAGGUACCUUCACCGCUUUGGAGCCAAAUGCGUAGGAGUGGGCGAGCUUGACGGAAGCAUUUGGAACCCACAGGGCAUUGACCCCAAAGAACUGGAGGACUACAAACUGGCCAACGGGACCAUCGUGGGCUUCCCCAAUUCUUCGCCGUACGAGGGGAGCAUCCUGGAGGCCGACUGCGACAUCCUUAUCCCCGCCGCCGGUGAAAAGCAACUCACCCAAAAAAAUGCGCACAACGUCAAGGCCAAGAUCAUUGCUGAGGGCGCCAAUGGUCCCACCACGCCCGAGGCCGACCGCAUCUUCCUUGAGAGGAACAUCUUGGUCAUCCCGGACAUGUACCUGAACGCUGGCGGCGUGACCGUGUCCUACUUCGAGUGGCUGAAGAACCUCAAUCAUGUCAGUUAUGGCCGCCUGACCUUCAAGUAUGAGCGUGACUCUAACUACCACCUGCUGAUGUCAGUUCAGGAGAGUCUGGAGAGGAAGUUUGGCAAACACGGCGGCGCCAUUCCCAUUGUGCCCACCUCCGAGUUCCAGGCCCGCAUCGCCGGGGCGUCGGAAAAGGACAUCGUCCACUCGGGCUUGGCCUUCACCAUGGAGCGCUCGGCCAGGCAAAUCAUGCGCACGGCGAGCAAGUUCCAGCUGGGAUUAGACCUGCGCACCGCCGCCUACGUCAACGCCAUCGAGAAAGUUUUCCAAGUGUACGCCGAGGCCGGACUCAUCUUCAAGUAG